GUCAAGUGUGCGCACGAUGGUGGCUGGUAGAGUUCUGGUGUUGGUGGCAGUUGCCUGCUGCCUGGUGGCAGUCCAGGCAAGGCCCAACGGCAAGGACGAGGAGUGGAAGCAUGGCGGCGGCAAGGAUCAUCACUCCGAGGAGCACUCCUCGCACGGGGAGAAGGGGGACAAGGGAUACAAGCACGACGAGGAGCACGAGGAGGGCAAGAAGGGUCACCACGACAAGGAGGGUCACAAAAAGGAGUAUCACGACGAGGGUGGCCACAAGAAGAAGCACCAUGACGAGGGUGGCUACCACAAGGAGAUGAAAAAGGGAGAAAAGGGCGAGAAAGGCCACAAAUUUGAGGAAAGUGGCAGUUUCAAGAAGGGACACUCGACCAAAGGACAUCACGAAAUUCACAAGCUGGACGAAUUUAAGAAGGAGAAGAAGUUCUUCGACGAAGAUCAUGACGAAGCGUUUGACGAAAAGUCGGGAGGUUUUAAGGAGGAGCAUGGAUACAAGAAGGGUGGCCAGGAGAAGAAGGGUCACAAAAAGUCCGGCCAUCACCACGAUCACUAUGGCAAGAAGGGCAAGAAGAAGAAGGGAUCGCACCAUCACGAUCACGUGGGCCACAAGAGCGAGCAUGGCCACGAUGAGCACUGGAACCACAAGGAGGACUUUGGCAAGAAGGGUGGCAAGGAGCAUCACAAGAAGUGGGGUCACAAGAAGGGAAAGCACUAGGUUGAAUUAAAAUAUCGUGUAGGAAAAUAAA